GUUAUUAUGAAAAACAUAUUUCAUUUUGUUCAUUUUCUAACUGCUUUUUAAGUUGAUCUGAGUGGAUUAAAUACAUUUGUCUUCUGCCAUUUUCUUUUACAUUUAUGUUAAUAAGUAUUCAGUACUUCAUCGUAUUUGGAGUGUAACAAAGACCAUUACUCUAAAAAAAAUGUCCAAGGCGGUCUCUGUAUUCCUGGCAGUCCUCUGCUGUCUGGUGCUCAGAUCCUCUUACUGUAAAGGCAGUAAGAUCCUGGUGUUGCCUGUUGACGGCAGCCACUGGAUCAACAUGAAGGUUAUCCUGGAACAGCUUCACUCCAGGGGUCACGAAAUCACCGUUUUGCACUCCGCCAAAAGCUGGUACAUCACCAAUAGCUCUUCCAUUUACACCUCAAUUCAUAUUCCAACAGUACUCGAUGAGAUGGACAGGAACUUUUACAUGAAAAUGAUGCAGGAUGUCAUGGACUGCCGUGGUCAUCCUACUUUUAUACGCUCAUUUUGUCAACACAAAUUGAUUACAAUGCUGUUAAAAGACAUGCAUAAGAUCACGUCUAUAAUGACUAAUAAUAUUUUUGAGGAUGAAACACUAAUGAAGACACUCAAGGAUACCAAGUUUGACCUCAUGUUGACAGACCCUGCGUUUCCUAUGGGGGUUAUUCUUGGUGGUUACCUCAAGCUGCCAAUGGUUUGUAAUGUCCGCUGGAUUAAUAAUGGAGAGAGUCAUCAAUCCAUAGCUCCAUCUCCUGUCUCCUAUGUCCCUAUAUCAGGAAGUGAACUUCAUGAUCAGAUGGAUUUUCUAGAGAGGACAAAGAAUAUGUUGCAUUAUCUCUACAGCCUUUAUGAGUUGUACGUUGUCGUUAACCCAGCAUACGCAGAUCUCUUCCAGAAAUACUUCCCUCCUGGGACUGACUUGGUGUCUUUGGAGCUCUCAGCUGAUAUUUGGCUUUGUAGAGGAGAUUUUAUCUUUGACUUCCCUCGGCCCACCAUGCCCAAUAUGGUUUACAUAGGGGGCUUCCAGUGCAAGGAGGCCCAACCUUUACCUGAUGAGUUGGAGGCAUUCGUGCAGAGCUCUGGAGAACACGGGGUGGUGGUCAUGUCUGUAGGGACAUUUGUGUCAGUUCUGCCCCCUGAGAUCACAGAAGCCAUUGCUGCUGCUUUUGCUGAGCUCCCUCAGAAAGUGAUUUGGCGUUUUGAUGGUGACAAGCCUUCAUCUUUGGGAAGAAACACCAAGCUGGUGAAAUGGCUUCCCCAGAAUGAUCUCCUGGGACAUCCUAAGACUAAAGUCUUCAUAGCCCAUGGAGGAACCAAUGGCAUGUAUGAGGCCGUCUAUCAUGGUGUUCCUGUUCUGGGUUUGCCCCUCCUAUUUGAUCAAUUUGACAACUUACUCCGACUGAAAGUUCGUGGAGCAGCUAGGGUGGUGGAGGUCCGAUCACUGACCAAAGAAAAUUUCCUGGAAGCUCUAAAGGACAUCUUGGAGAAUCCAUCUUACCGUGAAAACAGCCAACGUCUCUCUCAGCUACACCGUGACCGACCAAUGUCUCCAAUGGACACAGCCAUCUUCUGGAUAGAGUACGUCAUCAAGAACAAAGGAGCCGCCCACCUGCAGUCCGCAGGUUUCAGCCUGCCUUGGUAUUCCUACUACUGCCUAGAUGUAGCAGUCUUUGUAUUGGCUGUAACUGGGAGCUCCAUCUGGGGUUUCAUGUUUGUCUGUAGGUUACUCUGCUGUAAGAGGUCCAGCAAGAAGAUCAAACCAGAGUAAUUUAUUUAAAAAUUACUUCCGUUUUAAUAAAUAGACAGCUUUGCUACAGUGUCCUCCCUGUAGCUUAACCAAAAACAACAAGCUGUGCAAUAUACCAACAUUUCUGCCUCAUAUUCAAUGUUAAUACCAUACAAUUGUUAACUAUCUUACAUUAAAAUGUUAUUUCUGGACAUAUUGAAUUUAGAAAAAAAGGGAUUUUGCAACAGACCUGUUUCUCAGUAAAAUACAACAUUAAUACUAACAUUAGAAGAUGGUAGUAUUAAUGUUUAUGAAGGAGGCCUGUCAAGGAAAGAUGAUAGGAAAAAGCCACUGGAAAAACAUCACACUUUCAGGGAUAUUUGACUUUUUAUAUUAAGGGGGGUUACUUUUAUCAAAAGUUAUUUCUCUGUGUAGUUGAUCGCUCCUCUACAACUUGUAUGACAUUUUCUGUACACAACUUAUAAAAGAUGUUGGCUUUAAA